AUGCCGGUCGACCCGUCCGCAGUCGCCUGUGCCUUCUCCAUCGGCUCAUUCUGCCUGCUGGCCCGCUCCGCGCCGCCGGCGCCCAUCUGCGGUUGCCAGUGCGACUGCGGGUCUCCUGGCUGGUCCACCGCCCAGCUGCUCGCCGUCGCGGCGGGGCAGCUUGUGACGGGCUGGUUCGCGGCCCGCUGGUGGGCGCCACCGAGGCCGGCGUCGCCGCUCGUGGUGGCCGCAGGGCUGGAGGGGGUCAAGCAGCUGACGCUGCCGGCGGGGGCUCGCGGCCGGCUUGAGGGUGGGGCUCCACCGCGCUUCUGGGCCCUGUUCGACGCGUCGGAGGGGGUCUGGCACGAGCGCCUGGUGCUGCGGCGCACCGUCGGGGGCCACGUGGUGCUCACGCCCGACGGCGACGUCUAUGAGGAGCUGCUGGAGGACUACGAGGCUGCUCUGCCUAGUGGUGUGGCUGGCGGCAUCCCGAGCCGGCUCUACGGGCCGAAGAUCUUCCGCUACGCCUUCCGCCCGGGGGACAUCGCUCACGGCAGCGCCUUCCGGCGGAGAGCCGAGGCCUACCUGGCUGGCUGGGCCGGCGCGCCUCCGGCGGCCGAGGGUGGAGGGCGGGAGCCCGCGCCCCUUGCUGACGCUGGCGCGAUGUCCGCCCCCGCGCGUGGCGCGCUGGUGCCAGCCGCCGACGUCGACCCAGGCUUCUAUGAUCCCGGCGCGCUGGUGGGGCACGCCUGCCUCGUGGGCUCCGAGUGGUUUGUCGGCGAGAACCAGGGUCCCCGCCGACGCGGGGAGAGCAUCACCAUCCGCCAUUCGGACCUCGCAUUCGGCGUCGCGGGCCAGGCCCUGCUGCGCCGGGAGGGAGUCUGGUACCGCCUCUGCCGCGACCCGCCGACGCCGUUGCCAGCUGGCGAGGGCGAGGCAGCCGCGGCGGAGGACCUCCGCACGCUGGCGGUCGAGUACAACGUGCGCGGCGAGCGCACGCGCAGCUUCGAGUCAGCUCGUCACCUGCUGCGCGAGGAGGUCCUGGACGACGCCUGGCCCGUGGAGGGCCCGCGCACGGUGCAGUGGCUCAUCGAGGCCUUCGCCCACAGCGGCAUGGCCCCCGUGCCCCGCCAUCACUGGUGGAGACAGGCGCUGGGGGCGACCACGUCGGACCCGGGGAUCGACGAGCACCUCUUCCUCUCGGAGUGCAUCCAGCAUGGGCUGCAGUAUGACCAGCUCAACAUCUGCAACCUGGCCUGCUUCGAGAGCAUGGCCCGCCGCUACCAGCUCUGGGAGGAGCGGUACCAGGAGCGCAUCCGCGCCUCCACGGAGGGAUCGGUGGCGGCGGGCCUCGCGGCUGAGAGGCACUUGUUCCUCGGUGGCGACCGCGCCAAGGGCUACGCCCUCAUCUCGCCCGAGCUGGAGCGCUGGGUGGCGAAGCGCAUGGAGGAGCAGGCCGCCGUGCUCAAGGAGCGCCGCAAGGGCCGUGAGGAACGGGCUCUGGCGGCGGCGGUCACGGGCGGCGGCGGCGGCGGCGGCGGAGCUGGCCAGCCGCUCGGCGCCGACCACAAGAAGAAGCUCAAGGACAACAAGAAGGGCAAGGACUGGCAGACUGGCACCCCGGGCGCUGGCUCGGGGGGGCAGGGCUGUCUUGCGGCAGAUCCCAGGGACCUGCUGCCGCUGCCAGCGCCCACCUCGCCUGUGCUGCGUCAAGGAGAUGCGCUGGGCUUGGAAUGGUUCUCGGCUGGGCUGCAGACCCUCAAUGAGAUGGGAGGGCGCGGUGCUGUUCGACGGCCUGGAGCAGCCUCUGGGCCUCAGACUGACGCGCUGGAGCGGCUUCGCAGCUCCUAUGCCACCGUGCCCAGCUGCCCGUCGGACCUGACCGCCGACUCGGCCACUCGCGCCGUGAUCGGCUCCGAUCCUGGCUAUGGCUUCGAUGACAUGGCCAGCGGGAAGUACGCCUCCUACCAGCGCGGGAAGGUCUCUCUUCCGCGCGUGGCCUCUGGCGCGGUGGAGCUAGCUGCUGCACUACCAGAGGGUCCACGUUCUCUGCUGAUGGGUGAGUCUGGCACUUUGCUGAUGAGAGGCUCCACAUCUUCUUCUUCGUUGGCGAAAUUGGCUUUUGACCGAAGGCUGGCAAGCAAUCCUCGCACUUAUGGGAAGUUUUUGGCUGACCUUCUCGAGCGUGACAUGCUCGAGGUGGGCGCUUCGUUUUCACAGGUGGCGCCCUUCUUCGUCUACAAGAAGGAUGGGACCCUCAGGCUGAUCUUCGACACAAGGGCCUCCAACACCGAGUUCGCGGAGCCCGACUACGUCCCACUGGCGGCGGCGCAGGCCCUCGGCAACAUCGAGCUGCAGGCGGGGGAGCGCCUCUUCGUCGCGCAGGGCGACGUCACGUGCUGCUUCUACCAGUUCUUGCUGCCAGUGCACCUGCGUGAGGCCUUUGGCCUACCGCCUGUGCCCUGGGCCGCACUGCCUCUGGCCGCUCGUCGGCUCGUUGGGGCGCCACCGCCGGACGGCUUGGUGCGCCUGCGCCUGAGAGUGGUGCCGAUGGGCUGGUCAUGGGCGGUCUACUUCAUACAGCAUGCCAUGAUGGAGAUACUUCGCCCCUGUGCCCCGGCGGACCGCUGGUUGGCCCAGUACGUGCCUCGCGAGCCCGUCUGCCCUGGCUCGGGGGCCUCUCUCAUCUACAUCGACAACUUCGCGGCACUUGGCACGAGCCCCACGGAGGCGAACGCUCGCCUGGAGCAGAUGCUGGGCGCCGUGGCGGCCGCUGGAGUGGACGCCGCGCCAGAGCCUGCUGGCGCCCCGCUGCUCGGGUUCGAGCUGGACCCGACGGGCACGCAGUGGCGGCCUACGGCGAGGAAGUUUUGGAAGGUAGCGCUGGCCCUCCGCACGUUGGGCUGGGGCCGUCAGCGCCGCACAGGGCGCCAGAUUGCCCGGGCCGUCGGCCACGCCUCGGCCAUCAUGCUGCUGCGGCCCGAGAUGCUGUCCAUCUUUUCGGCCGUGUACGUCUUCGCCGACCGCUACUUCGGGCAGCCGGCGCGCGUGUGGGCCUCAGUGCGGCGCGAGCUUCGAGCUGCCUGGGCGCUGCUGCCGCUCGCCGUCGCCGACAUGAGCCUACCCUGGUCGCCCGCCGUCGCCUCGGUCGACGCCUCGCUGUAUGGCUUCGGCGUCACCGAGAAGGUCUGGCCCCCCGCUGAGGUGGGCCGCGUCGGCCGCGCCUCUGAGCGGGGGCGCUACCGUGGGGCGCUGCGCACCUCCCGCCGCCCGCGCUGCCUGGUCGAGGGUGAGGAGGCUGAGCCCUCGCUGAGCGACAUUGUCGACGCCUCGCCCGAGCAGCUGCGUGCGCUGGGGCUGCGCUCCGCCUUCGAGGAGGUGCCGCCGGCCCUGGCGCGCGGGGGCGACUGGGGCGUGGUGGCCGCGCGCCGCUGGAGGCGCAGGGACAAGAUCCUUGCGCUCGAGGCGGAGGCAGCCUUGUGGCAGGUUCGGCGGCUGGCCCGCAGCCGCCUGAGCGCCCAGAAGCGGCACUUAGUUUUGUCGGACUCUAUGGCCUGGGUCCUCACCGCGUGCAAGGGGCGGAGCUCGUCGUGGUACCUGCUGCGGAGGCGCGGCUUCGCGGGCCAGCGGGCGCUGCUGGGCUUCGCGAGCAGCUCGCGGCGGGGCGCUCCAAGCGGCGGGCCUUUGCGGGGCCCUUCGCCGCGGGGCUCCCUGGGCCCGAGCCCGCUGCUCUGCAGGGUGCUGGCACCGGCGGCGAACCUGAGUCCGAGCCGGGCCCCGCCUGCCCCGAGUCGGGUGCUGCGCCCUUUGGUGGCGCCGGAGAGGGGGGGCGGCGUGGCGCUCGGGAGGCGGCGCCGCGAGACGGCGCGGCGGCGCCCGGGCUCAUCGCUGCACUCGGCCGCCCGCAGUGCGGAGGAGGCGGAGGAGCUGGGGUUCCACAUCACCUCCCUGGCUGCCGCGGCCGUGACGACGGCCACGCAGAGCAACUACCUGAACGCCCUGCGCAAGCUGCUGGCGUGGCUGCACGUGCCCAGUGCCCCUCAGCGCCUCCCUGCAAGCGAGUGGGACCUGUUGCUGGAGCAGUACGUGGAGUUCCUGCACGACCGCGGGCUGCCCGAAGGGGAUGCCUCCAGCACGCUGGCCGCAGUGCGCUGGGCGCUGCCCGAGCUGCCGCGCCCGCUGCGCCGGGGCUUGCCGCUGGCGACUGCUGCGGUCACUGGGUGGCGCCGGCUCGAGAAGCCGCUGUCGCGCCCACCAGUCCCUCGGUCGCUGGCUGUGCUGAUGGCCCUGCGACUCUGCUCCGACGGCAAGGCGGACUACGCGCUGUUCCUGCUGUUGACGUUCGAGACGUACGUGCGGCCGAGCGAGGCGCUCAGCCUCGUCGGCCUACAGCUGGUGCCGCCCGUGCCGAACGAGAGGGGGGCCUGCCAGUUCUGGACCAUCCUGAUCCGCGCGAGCGAGCUAGACGUGCUUGGCAAGACCGGCGAGUUCGACACCAGCGUCGCCCUGGACCUGCCGCGCCACCGCCUGCUGGAGUCGGCGCUGCGCCUUCUGAAGGCCAACAGGGGGGAGCGGGAGCGGCUCUUUUUGUUCCACUACACCGACUUCCUCCUGGCCUGGAACAGCUGUCUCCUCGGCUUGGGCCUGGCGCAGCUGAAGGUGACGCCGUACUCCCUGCGUCGAGGCGCAGCGCCGCGGGCGCGAGCUGGCCCGGCUCUUGCUGCCAGCCUGCGGGCGGCGCGGGCAGAUGCUACCAUGCUGAAGCACAGCGUCUUCGUUGACCUCUUUGCUGGCACUGCGCCGGUGAGCAAAUACCUUCGCCGCAAGGGCUACGCCUGCAUAGCCUUCGACAAGCUGCUGGGGCCGCAGUUCGACCUCUGCCGGCGCGAGGUGGUGCUCACCAUUGCUGGCUGGCUUCGUGCAGGCCUGGUGUGGGCCCUCUGGUUUGCGACUCCGUGUAUCACCACCACUCGUGCCCGCGCGGAUAGAUCAGGGCGCAUGCCUCCGCCGCUGAGAUCGUCUGAGCAUUACCGUGGCUUGCCUGACCUGUCUGCUAGCCACCGCGCACAGGUGCGCGAGGCCAAUAGUCUCAUUGACUCUGGUGGCCGCCUCCAGCAACUGGCCUGGGAUUUGGGCAUCUGCUGCGGCGAGGAGAACCCACAGACCUCCAUCCUCUG